GAGCACAGCACAGGCGAUCCUGGUGGGGAUUUACCGAUCAGAUAUCUCUGUUAUGUCCGAGCUCAAGUUUGUGUUAAAACGGGAGUGCGCGUGGUCGCCUGUAAACCCACUCCGCCGUGGAAAAGUCUUGUUUGCGCUGCGUUUUGCGACACUAUGUUAUCCAGCAUGCGCCGGCACAGCCUCCGGCUCCACUCUGAGCUCCACCGCUGGAGCAUCUGUGACCCGGGGAAUCGGCGGCCCUCGGACAGCCUCCUCACCCGUGUGCCCGCCUGCAUCUCCCGCUCCAAGUCCUGCAGCGGCUCCGCGGGAGAGUCGGACGGCUGCCGGGGCAGUUGGUCCUCCUCGGACUCGGUCAUUUCGUCGGACUCCGUCGGAGAAUCGCCCCCUCCUACCGCGUACCGCGUGGUGCUGCUGGGGGCCAGUGGGGUCGGGAAAACCGCUUUCGCCAGUAUCUUCGCAGGAGCUGCGGACAGCAUGGACAGCGACGAGUGCGAGCUGUGCGGAGAUGAAGUGUUUGAAAAGGAAGUUGAAGUGGAUGGAGAGGCUGCAACAGUUACUCUGAUUGACACAUGGGACUCUGAGUUGGACGAUGACAGUGUUCAGGACUGCCCCAUGCAGUCUGGUGAUGCCUACCUCCUCCUGUACUCCAUCACUGACCGAGCAUCCUUCCUCAGAGCGUCUGAGCUGCGGAUCACUCUUCGCCAGUUUCGCCCGGCGGAGCAGACACCCAUCAUUUUAGUGGGCAACAAGUGUGACCUGGUGCGCCGCAGAGAAGUUUCAUCCAGUGAGGGCCGUGCCUGUGCCGCUGUGUUUGACUGCAAGUUCAUUGAGACAUCGACCGCGAUGCAGCACAACGUGUGGGAGGCUUUUCACGGCAUUGUCCGACAGCUGCGUCUGCGCCGAGACUCGAAGGAAGCAAAUAAACGGCGCCGUUACGUGAAGAGCAGCACACGGAGAGAGAGCCUGCCCCUAAAGGCCAAACGCUUCAUUGACAAAGUGGUGGCCAAGAACAACCCCAGUGUCGCGGUUUGGCUCAAAUCCAAAUCCUGCCACGACCUCUCUGUGCUGUAGGGGUUACAAUUUGGGGAUUUAAUAAUUUCUGAUUCUGUUCAAAGUUCAGUUUAAAUCGUGUCGAGAAGAACUGACCAAAAGACUGAACUUGAAACUUACAAACUAACACAAGAAUCACAUUUCAGAAAAUGUUUGUACAGAUCUAAACUAUACAGAUAGCAGUUUUUAUGCAGAAUAAGACAGGAGAUUUUGUUGUUUGUAGAGGAAAUUAUGGCACUUUAAACAUUUGUAUUCUUUGUGAUUCGCUAAUUGGGUCCAUUCAGAUUUUGAUUUGAUUGCAAUGAGUCCUGCAGACCUAGUAGAGGUCUUGCACAUUACUCCUCUUUAUUGGACAGGUGGAUUUAGUCUGGCCCUGGACACUUUAAUGGACAGUGACUCAGAGCUGAUGCACCGCAGUGAUGAGUAUUUAAAACAGUUCCUCCCAAUAAACAUGUUUUACUUUGAGAGGCUAAGAGCACACUACUUUCACAUGUGAGUAUUGGCCCUAAUCCUACACAGACGCUGGGAACACAUGUACACAGGGAACAUGUCAAUUGAAACCUGGACCUUUUUGCUGUGAAGUAGAAGACCUAACCCACUACGCCACUAUACCACCUGAAUGUCAGUGAAUGAACUUUAUCACACUGUUUUGUGCUGUUCUUGACCAGUGGCUCAUUUUCAUCUUUUUCCUGUGAUGGUCAGUAUCAAAGCUGACAUACUACUGUGAUAUUUUGAGUCUAACUAAACUGUUAAGGUUGUUAGUUGCCAAAAUUAAUAAGCUACAGAUUAAAACAUCUGAUCAAAUUUUGUAAAUAUUUUUGUCAAGUUAAUGUCAAGUGUAUAUACAAAGGAUUUCUGUGUAUUUUCUUAUCUGUAGAUUCAAUG